CAGAGAGAUCUCUCGCCUGGCCUGAUUCUGUUGUCUUACAGCGCUAGAACACAGCUGAAACGAGCUGGGCAAGAAGGAAGCGGGCGAUCCAGGGCAACGCAUCUGCUGUUUUGACGAGUGGGCAAGCCAGCUCUUGUCCAUUCCUGUCCAUUCCUGUCCUCACUUUCAUCACUUUCAUCUUCCUCUUGCACAACACCAACCUCUCCUCUCCCCCUUGUUUCACGCAAUUGACUGCCACCACAACCGAAGGCAGAAUGGCAGCAAACAUGAUGAACACUCUCCUCGAGAAGCUCCAUCUCACGUCGCCCGAUCGUGGAGCCCCAGCCCAGGCGCCCAGCGAAGAAGAUCUCAAAGAACUACGACAAAAGUACGAAAAAGCAAACCAAGGCCACGUCUUCGCCUUCUACGACAGUCUCGAUGUCCAAGGCAAAGCCUCCCUCUUCGACCAGCUCUCGUCCAUUGACCCAGACCGCAUCAAUAUCCUCGCAGACAAAGCCCUUCACCCUCCGAAACCCUCCGCAGACGAGGAACAACCCUCCAUUGAACCACUCCCAUCCUCCGCGACCGCCUCUCUCCUCGAUGCUUCCCAGGACCAGCAAGAUGAAUGGUACAAGGCCGGGCUGGGUCACAUUGCAAACAACAAAGUUGCCGUGGUUCUCAUGGCUGGUGGUCAGGGCACAAGACUAGGCAGUUCAGACCCCAAAGGCUGCUUCGAUAUCGGUCUUCCAAGCCACAAGUCGCUGUUUCAAAUGCAAGCAGAGCGAAUCUGGAAAGUCCAACAACUUGCCAAACACCAUGCCUCCUCCUCUACAGACCCUGUUGUACCAUGGUACGUCAUGACUAGUGGCCCUACUCGCGGCCCUACCGAGAAGUUCUUCCAAGAACACAAGUACUUCGGCCUUGCAAAGGAGAAUGUGAUCAUAUUCGAACAGGGGGUCCUCCCCUGCAUAUCCAACGAAGGCAAGAUCCUCAUGGAAUCCAAGUCAAGAGUCGCCGUCGCACCUGACGGUAACGGCGGUAUCUAUCAAGCACUCAUGCUCUCCGAAGCGCGCUCCGACAUGCGCAAACGAGGCAUUGAGCACGUCCACGCCUACUGCGUUGACAACUGCCUGGUCAAAGUCGCGGAUCCCGUAUUCAUCGGCUUCUCCUCCUCCAAGGACGUUGACAUUGCUACGAAAGUUGUCAGGAAGCGAGCUGCCAACGAGUCCGUCGGCCUCAUCGUCCAAAAGAAUGGCAAGCCCGAUGUCGUCGAGUACUCCGAGAUCGACCAGUCCAUGGCCGAAGCCACCGACGGCACAGGGCUACUCAAAUUCCGCGCCGCAAACAUCGUCAACCAUUACUAUUCAUUCCGCUUCCUCGAGACCAUGGAGGAAUGGGCGUACAAGCUCCCCCAUCACGUCGCGAAAAAGAAGAUACCGUACAUGGACACGGAGAGUGGCGAGUCCGUCAAGCCUGACAAGCCGAAUGGUAUCAAGUUGGAGCAGUUCGUAUUCGAUGUCUUUCCCUUCAUAUCCAUGGACAAGUUCGCGUGCUUGGAGGUCGAGCGCAAGGAGGAGUUCUCGCCAUUGAAGAACGGCAAGGGCUCGUCCGAAGACAAUGCAGAAACCAGCAAGAGAGAUAUAAUGGAUCAAGGCGCUCGAUGGCUCCGCGCUGCAGGUGCGUUCGUCGUCUCCGAGGGGGACAGUGCGGGCGUCGAGAUUUCUCCUUUCAUCAGCUACGGUGGCGAGGGCCUGGAGUACCUCAAAGGUCGAGAAAUCAAGGCACCAGCUGUCAUUGAGAGGGCUGAGGGCAACGAGGAGUGAGUGUAGGAAGGUAACGAGGAAACGAGGACAUGGUACAAGUAUGAGUGUUGUUCAACAAAGGGGUGACCGCAAAGGGCUAAUCGUCAGGUCUAAUUAGUAUCGGUAGGUCGGCGUGAUAGCGAAUACGGAUAUGGAGUAAGAAACCACCAAGGCAUGAUUUUGAAUGCACGGUGAAGCAAUUGGCAAUUGGGAAUCGGCGAUGAAACGAGAUCAGAUGCCAACCUUGAUUCUUUUCUCUCUGCUUUGACUGCCUGCCUAGGGUAUCAACCAAUCUAUCGCUUGCUCACUCA